AUGGAGCCCUCCACCAACAUCGUCUCCAGCACCACGGCAGAGCAGGCCUCGCCAGCGGAGGUGGUCCGCGACCCCUUCACCAUCUACAUACAGAGCUACCUGACUCGCCAAGGUCUCGACGAGACCUUCAUUCACGAAAAUAUCUCCUCCCAGGUCAUUCUGGACAGCUUCCGCGACAUCCAGGAUACCGACGUCCCGCCAGCGCCAUCUGGCCCUCGCAACGCCAUGCAGAGACAGUCAGACCAUGUGUGUACUGGCCACCUGCAGAGAUAUCUCAUUGACAAUGGCUUCAAGCCGAAUUUCGCGCGCCAGGUCACCGGCGUUCACAUAUACAACAGCGUGAUCUCGGCGAUGCCAGAAGACCUUCUCCCAAAAACACCUUCCGUCAAAGGCACCAAGAAGCCAGACACUCCAAACGCUCCGUCGAAAGCUUCACGGAAGGACAGUGUUCUCGCCGAAAAAUCCACCUCCGAGAGCGACGACGACAGCGAGGACGACAUGCCGCUCAGCCGCAGGCGCGCAAACCGCAACAAAUACAUCAACGAGGUCCGUUCUGGCCGCAUCAGCAAGCACGUCAAGCCAAAGAAACUCGACUUUUCCAAGAAAUACCACAAGAUCCAGACCGCCUGCCUCGCCGACAUCGAGCUUUCCGAAGACAGCACCUUCAACUCCCACAUCUCAUCCAAGGCCUACGACCAGUUUCUCGCCACUUCCGCCGCCUUUCUCGCAACUCGCUUCGCCGCUGUCAGCGUCACACUUGCUCAUGCAGGCCAGAGCGAGAAGGCAGAAGCUUUUGGUCAGUUCGGCAUGGAUCUGGUUGGUCCAGCUUUCUACAAUGCGUACGUGGCGUAUCAUGAGCAAUGCGAAGACGAAGACGACGACACGAUGCUCUAUUCCAGAAUGGCGCUGAUUGACUGCCUUGACGAGAUUCACAACAGAUGGAGCGUUGGCGUGUCUUCUACUUUCAAGCAUCUGAUCGUCGAUCACGACAUGUGGUGGAGGCAGAAGUAG